AUGAAGCUGCCACAAGGUGUUCAUUCCUCUCAGCCUGGACAAGUUUGUAAGUUAAAUAAAUCUCUUUACGGCUUGAAGCAAGCAAGUCGUCAAUGGUUUGAGAAGUUAACAACUUUUCUUCAGGCGCAAGGUUUCACUCAUGCACAUGCAGACCAUACCUUGUUCACUAAGUCUGAUUCUUCUUCAUUCACUGCCAUUUUGGUAUACGUGGAUGAUAUUAUCCUGGCAGGCACUUCUCUCACCAUCUUCAAAGAUCUUAAACGGGCUUUGGAUUGCACAUUCUAUAUCAAAGAUCUUGGGGAAUUAAAAUAUUUCUUGGGUCUCGAGGUGGCUAGAUCUUCCAAGGGAAUUACACUAUGCCAACGUAAAUACUGCUUGGAACUUCUAAAGGAUGCUGGCCUCACUGGUUGUAAGCCUGUUACUACCCCUUUAGAUGCUUCCACUCGCUUGCAUCAAGACGAUGGAUCUAUAUUCUCUGAUGUCACUGCUUAUAGGCGACUUGUGGGUAGACUUUUGUACCUUACUACCACAAGACCUGAUAUUGCCUUUGCCACUCAACAACUGAGUCAAUACAUGACUGCACCCACUGAGUCUCACUACAAGGCUGCUUUGCGUGUGCUCCGGUACCUCAAGCAAUCACCUGCUCAUGGUAUUCUUCUCUCUCAGAAUUCAGACUUACAACUCUCCGGGUUUAGUGAUGCUGACUGGGGUGGUUGUCUUGACACUCGACGAUCUGUUUCUGGUUAUUGUUUCUUCAUUGGUCACUCCUUGGUAUCUUGGAAAGCCAAGAAACAACUCACAGUUAGUUGUUCUUCAGCUGAGGCUGAGUACCGUGCCCUAGCUUCUGCUACUAGGGAACUUCAAUGGCUGUGUUUUUUGUUGCAUGACCUCAAACAACAUCCAUCACGAUUGCCGGUUCUCUACUGCGACAGUCAAAGCGCUAUUCACAUUUCAGCUAACCCCGUGUUCCAUGAACGCACCAAGCAUCUUGAUAUAGAUUGCCAUCUAGUUCGUGAGAAACUUCAAGCUGGAGUUAUGCGUUUGUUACCUGUUGCUUCAAAGGAUCAAGCUGCUGAUGUAUUCACCAAGGCAUUAGGACCACGUCCUUUCCAUGACUGUAUUUCCAAGCUUGGUUUGAUCAACAUAUAUCAACCUCAAGCUUGUGGGGGGGUGACAAAGCAUAAGGCUGACGUGGCAGAAUGA